AAUUUUACGUCAGGUCAAAUUUACUCCAGGGGGAGGUAAUCAUGGAGUUUUAUCACAUUUUCCAACCGCAUGACAACAUUCCGAGCAUGCAGUAUAAGCACGCGUUUAGCAACGAUUAUCGCUUAGAACUUAUAAAACGCUAUUUCUUCGAAUCUUUGCACAUCCUACUGUAAACAUUACUCGGAAUUAUAACAGAAUGAUAAUAUGUAAAAUUCAGACAUUUUGAAGACAGAACAGAACAAGAAAAGCGAAAAAAUCCGGAAUCUCUAAAGUAUAUGGCUGCUAUGGGCAAAGGCAUUCUCAUGGCAGCAGUAUUCGAAGGACAGCAUGUAUGUGCUACAUGUUCCCGUAGCAUUAGUGGUGUUUUCCAGUUUAUUAUCCACGCCGACAAAGUGACUUCUACCGUGAUAGCAGGAACUGUAGUCACACUAAGCGGAAUAUAUGCGAUAUACCAGUAUAAAUCACGUCAACUUAAACUGACAAUGAAGGGGGCUAUUGAUAAAGGCCUUGGUGGGGAGAGAGAAGACCAGGAAGUCAGCGACAUCUUACCAGGAAAGCUUCAUGUUGCACUGCAAUGUUUCACGGGCAAAAGAUUCCUGGAAGUUUUAAACGAUUUUAAAUCGGGUAGAAUAAAAGAACGCUUGGAAAAGGAGUUCUUGGAUAUUGGUAUUGAAACGGAAGAAUUGGUGGUUGAAAUAAGAAACAUUGAAGAAGUAGAAGAAAGAGCAGCGGCGAUUGUCACGAGUACUAUGGAGAAAUCAGAAGAUGAAAAUCUACGAAAGAAACCAAGGGAAUGUGCAAAGUGUGUGCACGCAAAAAAUUCUGGGAAACCCGAGAAUAUCGAUUCUGAGAAUUAUUCUUCAAUUAGUGAAUUUGAGGUUCCAAGAAAUGGAGACAAUGGAAAAGUAAAUAUUCCUGGCCAGGAGGAUCUUCUGGGUUCAACAGCGCAAGUGGAUCAACCAGAACAAACAUGUCAAUCCAAUAAUACAAUCACCGCAGCUACUGCGCAUGCACCUGAGAUCACAAACACACAGGAUGCAAACACAAGCAACACACUGUCACAAUCCUCCACUGAUAGUAACCUGAGGCCUCAUCGAAAAUAUUCUUUAAAACAUGCUCGAAAAAUCGAUAACCAUACCUAA